CUCUGAAUCAAAGGCUUGGCAACUAAGUACACAACUGUAGAAUAGCCUAUUACUGUAAAAUUGACCUUUAUUAAGAGGUUGUGGUCAUCCUGAGUCCCAGUGGCCUGUUUGUAUCGUCUCCACAUGUAUUGAACAGCCACUUAGAUCAGAACCACUCAAAUAAAACAAAGAAUAAUCUCUCAACUAAAAUAUAUUCCAUAUUCACCUCUCAGAAUCAUUGCUAGUAUUUAGUUUUUAAAUGACUUCAAUGCAUUUGCACAUGGAACUGUUCUAGGAUUAAUUUCUUGUGCAGCCAUUUGCACAAGAAGUUGUCGCCUUGAAAAUGAUAAUGACAAGGCACUUUAAGGACACAACCACCAACUUGGUUUAGUGUUUCCCUCUAACGAAGACCUUUAUAGAAUUGAAUGGCCUCUUUAAAAACUUAGUCAACCAUAUUGCCACAAGUUAAGGAACACACCCAAUUACAUCAUAUUCAUCGCUCAACUUGUUCAGGUGAGAUGUUAAUCUUGCAGCUGUUAUUCCCAUUCAUCAAUGGUUAAUAGUACACAAUAAUUUUGGUUAGUUGUGAAAUUCUGAGGUAUGUCAAAUAAAAAUAAGAAGACUUGAGACAACUUUUGAGACACUAAGAAUCUUUGAAUAAAUCUGAAAUCAAUUUCCUUGGGAAAACCACUACUUAGGGUAUGUCAACAAGUUUGAGGACAUGUUUGUAAUAUUUUUUUGCAUAAGUUCCACCAGUUUUCAUUUGUGAAGAAAACAUGGCACUCAAAGUAGUUAAUUCAUGCCAUUUGAAUGUUUUUUUAAAAAAAUGGGCAGUUUCCCUAAUUUUAAGUGAUGUUUGCUGUCAUCUUUGGAAUGGACCUUAUUAGGCCCUGACCAUUUGACCUUUUGACAUAGCUUGAGAGCAAUGCAUCAAAACGUAAACAAAAGUUUUUCAUGAAAUAUUUAUAAUAGUACCUUGCACUUUCUUUGAUUUGUAGGUGUGUUUAGAUGAGAGUAUUAAACGUUUGGGAAGAUUAAGAAGCAAAAGUGACAGAUUUAAAAGGGCUUGUAUUAAUCAUUAAUUUUCCUGCUUUCGCCUUUUUGUUACAAAUUUAAAAAGAGCUUUUUAAUGGCACUCUCAAAUACUUAAAUAAAAUUCGGAAAUGCCGCAGUACCUAAAAGCUCCUUCGAUCUUCAACAAAUGAUAAUCCUUUUGAAAACUCUUGGGGCUUACACCACCUGUUUUAUGUUUUGACCGCUGUCCUGUACUUCGAUCACUCGGUUCUUCCAUGUUCCAUGGAUUUGUUCCAUGCUGGUUGGAUGAUCUGAUAGUUGGAUUGAUUGAUUUGUUCGCAUUCUCUCAAGUCUUUCGCCACUUGAACUUCUGCAACAUCGUUUCAAUCCCUAAAAUUGUCUCAUUCAAAUUCCUAUAAUUGUCUCAAUUUCUGUGUGAAAUUGAAAUUGCGAUCGAUCAUAAUGGACGUCUAAUUUAGCUUGCUUUCUUUGCGCGAUUACAACGGUCAUGCCGCUUUGCUGGAUUUGUGAAUUGGAGACAAACUAUAACUGUUUAAGUUGCCAAGCGUCUGUAUGUAACAGGGCAGAAUGCUCUGUUGCGGCGCCUGAAGAAACGCUGAACUGGAAGGCUGGUUCUAGGGUGGCAUUUUGUUCGACAUGUUCAUUUAAAACCGCCGACGAAAAGGAUGGAGAAGAAAUUAACCAAACAGAAGCCUCACUCACCAGAAAAGAAGACGCUAAGCCAAGUACAUCUCAAAUGAAAAGUCAAGAUGGCAUUAAAAAAAAAGUCCAGGAGAAGCGGAAAUGCUUAAGCUUACAGCAGAGAGUUGAGGUGAUCGUGUAUGCGAAAGAUCAUCCAAAGGAGGGGUACCGUAAGAUUGCUGAAAAGUUUGGCAUUGGGAGGACACAGGCACAUAAAAUCUUAAAACAAAGGAAUGAGAUACUGGCGUUAUAUGAAAGGAAUUCUCAGUCAAAUCAGCGAAAGAGAGGCCGUUCUGCAAGGUACUCAAAAGUCAAUGAGGUAGUGUGGCAAUGGUAUGUCAUCUGCAGCAACUUAAACAUUCCUGUUUCAGGAACAAUGCUUCAAGAGGAAGCUUUGUUGGUUGCAGAAAAAUUGGGCAUCAGUGGCUUUGCUGCAUCUAAUGGGUGGCUAGAGUCAUUCAAGAAACACUACAAUAUUUGCAGUAUCACUAAAGCAGGCCAGAAUGAAGACCUUUAUCAGGCAACUAUUGAAAGCUGGAAUGGACAGGUCAGAAAGUUUAUUAGGGGAUGGAAGCCGGAGGAUGUGUGGAAUAUGGAUGAGACUGGGAGCUUUUGGAGAGGGUUACCCGAAACUAGCUUAAACAAUAAGAGGAAGCAAUGUAACAUUGGCGGAAAGCAAGCCAAUCAGAGGACCACAUGGGUAUUUUUUGUUAAUGCUGCUGGAGAAAAAGAAGACCCAAUUGUUAUUGGUAGAUAUUUGAAGCCACGUUGUUUCAAGAACCUAAAAGAUACUAAAAGACUUUACCAAUGCUACUAUUUUGCAAACUCGAAAGCAUGGAUGACAAAAGAAAUAAUGACUGAUGUCUUGUCUCAACUCAAUGAAACCUUGAUUCAAAAGAAGAGAAGUAUUUUACUGUUCUUGGACAAUGCUCCAUGCCACUCCCUUGACUUGGCUGGAAAGUUUUCAAAUAUUGGCAUCAAUUUCCUACCCAAUAACACAACAUCAAAGACUCAGCCCCUUGAGGCUGGCAUCAUUACAAACUGGAAAGUGAAGUUCAAAAAUCGGCUGCUUCGUUAUGUGUGCUCCAAGGUGAGUCAAGGCAAAAGUGCCAGUGAGGUCAUCAAGUCUGUAGAUAUCUCUAUGGCUAUUCAGUGGGGACGACAAGCUUGGGACGAGGUGUCUCCUGAAACAAUCAUAAGAUGUUUCAAGAAGACAAGGCUCUACCCAGAAGAAAUCAUGGAGGAAGAUAAUACCCCUGAAGGAGAAGAUGAGCUGGGGCAGCUUCAAGAACUAAUCAACAAGAUUGGCUCUGGUGAUGCUGAAGCAUAUAUCUCGGCAGAGAAUCAACUUGAAGUAUGCCUCGGUAACAUUGAAAGUUCCGAUCCAAACUGGAGGAAGUCAUUACGUGAUCAGCUGCUUAAUGAGGGGGAAAAAGGUUGGGAUGUUACAAAUGGCCUGGCAGAUGAGAGAGCACCCAGAAUUGAGGAAAGGUCUUUUAGAGGAGAUGACGAGUAUGACCCAGAGUCGAAACAACCAGCUAUAAGGACAAUAUCAGAGGCAGAGAAAGUGGCAGAGCAACUGACAGACUUUGCCCAUUUUAAUGGCCACCAGGAUCUUUCCUUGGCAUUAAGCCAAGUUAGUGAUUUGAUCCAUGAAAUCAAACUACAGAAAGCAAAAGGCCAACCAUUGAUUUCAAAUAAUCUUUCAUGUUAGACAAUAGAAAACAUAAGCAGAGAUGUUUUUGACUGGUAGAAGACAACUAAUUUUGUUUCACUUUUAAGCCAGUGUAUCAACUGUAGGGUUGUCAAUCAUUUUUUAAAUUAUUGUGUUGUGGUGGGAAAUCUGUAAUUAAUCAGUGCAGAAGGAAACACAUGAAACCCACCUUUGAUCUCCUGAAGGUUAUGUUACACAAAAAGUAUGAAACUGAGCUAUAUAUUGCUUGUAAGACUAAGAGUUUAAAUAAGUUUCACAUGAAGUGAAAGUUAAA